AUGGAGCCCGUCUACAUUGUUUCUACUGCUCGAACCCCCAUUGGUUCUUUUCUGAGCUCGCUGAGCGGCCAGACCUACGUGGAUCUGGGAGCCCAUGCCGUGAAGGCCGCACUCGCCAAGACCGACAUCAAGCCCGACCAGGUCGACGAGAUCAUCUUCGGUAACGUUCUCUCCGCCGGCGUCGGACAGGCCCCUGCUCGACAGGUUGCCCUCAAGGCUGGUCUCCCUGACACCAUUGUCGCUACCACCGUCAACAAGGUCUGUGCCUCCGGUAUGAAGGCCAUCAUCCAGGGUGCCCAGGCCAUCAUGACCGGAUCUGCCGACAUUGUCAUUGCUGGCGGUGCCGAGUCCAUGUCCAACGUGCCCCACUACGUGCAGGCCCGUGUCGCUAACAAGUACGGCAACGGCUCUCUGGUCGACGGUAUCCAGCGAGACGGUCUGUUUGACGCCUACGAUGGCCAGGCCAUGGGUGUGGCCGCUGAGGUCUGUGCUGACACCCACUCCAUCUCCCGAGAGGAGCAGGACGAGUUUGCCAUUGGCUCUUACAAGAAGACCCAGGCUGCCUAUGCCGCCGGCAAGUUUAAGGACGAGAUUGCCCCCAUUGAGCUGCCCGGCUUCCGAGGCAAGCCUGGUGUCGUUGUCUCCGAGGACGAGGAGUACAAGAACCUCAACGAGGACAAGCUCAAGUCUGCCCGAACUGUUUUUAAGAAGGACGGUACCGUGACUGCCCCCAACGCCUCCCCUAUCAACGACGGUGGAGCUGCCGUCAUUCUGGCCUCUGCUGCCAAGGUCAAGGAGCUUGGUCUUAAGCCCCUGCUCAAGAUUGUCUCUUGGGGCGAGGCUGCCAACGAGCCCGUCAAGUUCACCACUGCUCCCGCUCUGGCCGUCCCCGUUGCCCUCAAGCGAGCUGGUCUCGAGGCCAAGGACAUUGACUUUUACGAGUUCAACGAGGCCUUCUCUGUUGUUGGUAUCGCCAACACCAAGCUGCUUGGUCUGGACUCCAGCAAGGUCAACGUCUACGGAGGUGCUGUUGCCAUUGGUCACCCUCUGGGCUGCUCUGGUGCCCGAGUCAUUGUCACUCUCAACUCUGUUCUGCACCAGGAAGGCGGCAAGUACGGAUGUGCUGCCAUCUGCAACGGUGGUGGUGGCGCUUCCUCUAUCAUUGUUGAGAAGUGUUAG